GACGCUGAGAGAGAUCACUGGGGGAAGCGCGGUGAGGGACCGGAGUACCCGAAACUCUACUCGGAAGAUCCGUGCCCACUUCGCGCGAACCGACCGUGGUGCUACCCAGACUCAAGGGCGCUCCCGAAUUGGGGCGUCCUUAUGAGCCCUCUCCUUUCCCGAUCGCGAGAUAGGGCAGGGAUUGUGUAUCUGCACCCCCACCCCCCCGUUCCUCCCCAUCACUCAGCCGAAGUUUAGUUUGUCCUUCGGGCGCAGGACUUCGGGAACCCUGGAGCGAAGAGACCCCGAGGCGCGAGGGGAAGAGCUAGGCUGCUCCGAGAACUGAGCCUCAGCUGAUGUUUGAGCCAGCAUGUCGCGGAGGAAGCAAGCGAAGCCUCAACAUUUCCAAUCCGACCCCGAAGUGGCCUCGCUCCCCCGGCGAGAUGGAGACACAGAGAAGGGACAACCAAACCGCAUCACGAAGAACAAGGACGCUCAUGUCUGUGGCCGGUGCUGUGCCGAGUUCUUUGAAUUAUCAGAUCUUCUGCUCCACAAGAAGAACUGUACUAAAAAUCAAUUAGUUUUAAUCGUCAAUGAAAGUCCGGUCUCCCCACCCAAAACCUCCCCCAGCCCCCCUCCCGAUAACCCCGAUGAGCAAAUGAAUGACACGGUUAACAAAGCAGAUCAAGGAGACGGCAGCGACCUUUCAGAACACCACGGACUUGACAGGGACGUGGAGUCCAUGGAGGUGGAGGCCCCAGGGGCUAACAAAGGCGGCGGUGGCACUCUGAGUGGCAGCAACAGCAGUGCCACCCCCAGCUGCACCAACAGCUCCUCCACAGGUACCUCAGCGAUCACAACCUCUCUACCUCAACUCGGGGACCUGACAACACUGGGCAACUUCUCCGUGAUCAACAGCAACGUCAUCAUCGAGAACCUCCAGAGCACCAAGGUGGCGGUGGCCCAGUUCUCCCAGGAGGCGAGGUGCGGUGGGGCCCCCGGAGGCAAGCUGGCUGUGCCGGCACUCAUGGAGCAGCUCCUGGCUCUGCAGCAGCAGCAGAUUCACCAGUUGCAACUGAUCGAACAGAUUCGUCACCAAAUAUUGCUGUUGGCUUCUCAGAAUGCAGACUUGCCAACAUCUUCUAGUCCUUCUCAAGGUACUUUACGAACAUCUGCCAACCCCUUGUCCACACUGAGUUCCCAUUUGUCUCAGCAGCUGGCGGCAGCAGCUGGAUUAGCACAGAGCCUCGCCAGCCAAUCUGCCAGCAUCAGCGGCAUGAGGCAGUUACCCCCAGUCCAGCUACCUCAGAGCAGCUCUGGCAACACCAUCAUUCCACCCAACAGCGGCUCUUCCAACGUGAACAUCUUGGCGGCGGCAGUGACCACCCCGUCCUCGGAAAAAGUGGCUUCAAGCGCUGGUGCCUCCCAUGCCAGCAACACAGCGGCCUCGGCAGCGUCCUCACCAGCUUUCGCAAUAAGCAGCUUACUAAGUCCUGCGUCUAAUCCACUUCUACCUCAGCCGGCCCCUGCUAGCUCGGUUUUCCCCAGCCCUUUGCCCAACAUCGGAACGACUGCAGAGGAUUUGAACUCCUUGUCUGCCUUGGCCCAGCAAAGAAAAAGCAAGCCACCAAAUGUCACUGCCUUCGAAGCGAAAAGUACUUCGGACGAGGCAUUCUUCAAACACAAGUGCAGGUUCUGCGCGAAGGUCUUUGGGAGCGACAGUGCCUUGCAGAUUCACCUGCGUUCCCACACGGGGGAGAGGCCUUUCAAAUGCAACAUCUGCGGGAACCGCUUCUCCACCAAGGGGAACCUCAAAGUCCACUUCCAGCGCCACAAAGAGAAGUACCCUCAUAUCCAGAUGAACCCCUACCCCGUGCCUGAGCAUCUGGACAAUAUCCCCACCAGUACUGGCAUCCCUUACGGCAUGUCCAUUCCUCCAGAAAAGCCGGUCACCAGCUGGCUGGACACCAAGCCGGUCCUGCCCACUCUCACCACUUCCGUCGGCCUGCCCUUGCCCGCUACCCUCCCGAGCCUCACACCCUUCAUCAAGACGGAAGAGCCAGCCCCCAUCCCCAUCAGCCAUUCUGCUGCCAGCCCCCCAGGCUCUGUCAAAAGUGACUCUGGGGCCCCCGAGCCCGCCACAAGAAACCUGGGUGGGCUUCCGGAGGAAGUGGAAGGGUCCACCGUGCCACCCUCCGGUGGCAAAAGCGAAGAGAGCAGCAUGGCCGCCAGCUCGGUCCAAGCAGCGAGCAACAGCGCUCUGAGCUCCCCAGCGGCGGACUGCACCCCAGGCGGUGCCACCGCUUUCGCCAACCCUUUGUUGCCGCUCAUGUCCGAGCAGUUCAAGGCGAAGUUUCCUUUUGGGGGACUCUUGGACUCAGCCCAGGCAUCAGAGACAUCCAAGCUUCAGCAGCUGGUAGAAAACAUUGACAAGAAGGCCACUGACCCCAAUGAGUGUAUCAUCUGCCACCGGGUCCUCAGCUGUCAGAGCGCCUUGAAGAUGCACUACCGGACACACACCGGGGAGAGGCCCUUUAAGUGUAAAAUCUGUGGCCGGGCCUUCACCACGAAAGGGAACCUAAAAACCCAUUACAGUGUCCACCGCGCUAUGCCCCCGCUCAGAGUCCAGCACUCCUGCCCCAUCUGCCAGAAGAAGUUCACCAACGCCGUCGUCCUGCAGCAGCACAUUCGGAUGCAUAUGGGAGGCCAGAUCCCCAACACCCCCAUCCCUGACAGCUACCCUGAGUCCAUGGAGUCUGACACAGGCUCCUUUGAUGAGAAAAAUUUUGAUGACCUAGACAACUUUUCCGAUGAAAACAUGGAGGACUGUCCUGAGGGCAGCAUCCCCGACACGCCCAAGUCCGCAGACGCGUCCCAGGACAGCUUAUCUUCUUCACCUUUGCCCCUGGAGAUGUCAAGCAUCGCUGCUUUGGAAAACCAGAUGAGGAUGAUCAAUGCCGGCCUGGCAGAGCAGCUGCAGGCCAGCCUGAAGUCGGUGGAGAACGGGUCCGUCGAGGGGGACGUCCUGACCAAUGACUCGUCCUCGGUGGGUGGCGACAUGGAGAGCCAAAGUGCUGGCAGCCCGGCCAUCUCAGAGUCUACCUCUUCCAUGCAGGCUCUGUCCCCAUCCAACAGCACCCAGGAAUUCCACAAGUCACCCGGCGUGGAGGAGAAGCCGCAGAGAGCAGCAGUACCAGGCGAAUUCACCAAUGGUUUGUCUCCCACCCCAGUGAAUGGCGGGGCUUUGGAUCUGACAUCUAGUCACACAGAGAAAAUCAUCAAAGAAGAUUCUUUGGGGAUCCUCUUCCCUUUCAGAGACCGGGGUAAAUUUAAAAACACUGCUUGCGACAUUUGUGGCAAAACAUUUGCUUGUCAGAGUGCCUUGGACAUUCACUACAGAAGUCAUACCAAAGAGAGACCAUUUAUUUGCACAGUUUGCAAUCGUGGCUUUUCCACAAAGGGUAAUUUGAAGCAGCACAUGUUGACACAUCAGAUGCGUGAUCUACCAUCACAGCUCUUUGAGCCCAGUUCCAACCUUGGCCCCAAUCAGAACUCGGCGGUGAUUCCCGCCAACUCCUUGUCAUCUCUCAUCAAAACAGAGGUCAACGGCUUUGUGCAUGUUCCUCCUCAGGACAGUAAGGACACCCCCACCAGUCACGUCCCUUCUGGGCCUCUGUCGUCCUCUGCCACAUCCCCAGUUCUGCUGCCAGCUCUGCCCAGGAGAACUCCCAAACAGCACUACUGCAACACGUGUGGCAAAACCUUCUCCUCAUCGAGUGCCCUGCAGAUCCACGAGAGAACUCACACUGGAGAGAAACCCUUUGCUUGCACUAUUUGUGGAAGAGCUUUCACAACGAAAGGCAAUCUUAAGGUACACAUGGGCACUCACAUGUGGAACAGCACCCCUGCACGACGGGGCCGGCGGCUCUCAGUGGACGGCCCCAUGACAUUUCUAGGAGGCAAUCCCGUCAAGUUCCCAGAAAUGUUCCAGAAGGAUUUGGCGGCAAGGUCAGGAAACGGGGAUCCUUCUAGUUUCUGGAAUCAGUAUGCAGCGGCGCUCUCCAACGGGCUGGCCAUGAAGGCCAAUGAGAUCUCCGUCAUUCAGAACGGUGGCAUCCCUCCAAUUCCUGGAAGCCUGGGCAGUGGCAGCAGCUCACCUAUUAGUGGGCUGACGGGAAACCUGGAGAAGCUCCAGGACUCGGAGCCCAGCGCUCCUCUGGCCGGCCUGGAGAAAAUGGCAAGCAGUGAGAACGGAACCAACUUCCGUUUCACCCGCUUUGUGGAGGACAGCAAAGAGAUUGUCACGAGUUAAAGCGACUCUGGCUGGAGCAAGAACAUUCCUGUUCAGAACCGAGACCCACAGUUGCCUCCUGCCCCUUGCCUGGUUCCCCACCCCCCACCCCCCACCUUCCGGUUCCCCCAGAUCUCUGAACUACAAUAUUAUGAAGACAUUCUUUUGUACCUUGUUCAACUUCUAGAGUUCUAAGAAAGCUUAUUUAUUAGUGAUAUAACCUUGCUUUGCAAAACAGAAUGCAAGCGUUAACUUUGGUCUUCUGUAUUUUGGACUAAAUACUAAUUGACUAGAGUGCUGUAAACUUGCUGUAACAUUUAUGGCAAUUGCAAGUUGCCCUGCUAGGCGGUCUUAAUCUGGCAUUAACUUAUUUUCUAUAUCCAGUUUAAUAUGAAUCUGGUGUUGAUGCAAUGCCUCCGUGAUGCAUUAGAUCUCUAAUAAAGUCUGUAUAUAAAUGUACACUUUGAUCCUGCUGGAAAAUUUUAUCAGCAAACACAUUGUCUAAUCUUUCGAAGCAGAAUUAAGGAAAGGACUAAAAGUACAGACUGAACAGUGUGGUUCCUUGAAAGGUUUUUUGUUUUGUUUUGUUUUUUAUUCUAAAAUUCAACCUGUUUUUUUUUUUGUUUUUUUGGGGUUUUUUUUUUGUAGAUUUAACCGUUUCCGUUUUGAACUGCUCUUUGUAUUGUGCUUUUUACUUGAGUCGUCCUCAAUGUUAAUAGGUUUCUGUACAGUAAUAAGCACGCAGACUUCUUUAGAGAAAAUACAAGUGUUGUUUUGGUAGUUGAGACUGAGGCGUAACAUUUUGCCUUGUAGGUAUAUUCACAAUAGAAAAUGUGUGCUGGAAUUUCACAAUGCUGCUAAGUAUAGCAUCUUGAACAACCUUCAGUGGAGAAAAUGCAGAUGCUCUUGUAUAUACAGUAAGAAAUAUCACUUUCAUUAAAAUGUACAUAUGUUCCUUACAAGAGCAAAUGCUUCUUCUUGAUCAAGAGAGCAGGUAUAGUGUUUGUUUAUUUUGUAUUAGGUAUGGAAGAAAAAAAAAUUGGACUGUUACAUGCACUUUCUUGGAAAGUUGAAAGGAAGGGGGGUCCAAUUUGUUUAACGUUUAAUACUUACUAACAACAGAGAUACUGUAAUUUUACUCAAGUAAUCAAAUACAUUUUUUUUUGCAACAGAUAAAACAAAAUACUGUGUCUGUGUUUUUAG